UCGGGGGAGACGGCAGGAAGACAGCGCCGGUCCGGCGAGCGGCGAUGGAGGCGCGUUGGGGUGCCGCAGUUCGUCUGCUGGUGCUGGUGCGGACCUGGUGGCUGGUGGCGGGGCAGGUGCGGUACUCGGUGCCGGAGGAAGCCAAGGUCGGGACGGUGGUGGGGCGGCUGUCGCAGGAGCUGGGUGUGGGCGAUGCGGAGGCGCGGCGGCUGCGUGUGGUGUGGCAGGGCCGGCGGGCGGGCGUGGAGGUGAGCGGGGCGAGCGGGGCGCUGGUGGUGAGCUCGCGUGUGGACCGGGAGGAGCUGUGCGGGAAGAGCGCUCCCUGCUCGCUGCGCCUGGAGCUGCUGCAGGAGCGGCCGCUGCGCGUCUUCCAUGUGGAGCUGGAGGUGACCGACAUUAACGACAACGCCCCGCUCUUCCCCGCCGCGCGGAAAAACAUCAGCAUGGCGGAAUUAACCACGGUACCGGGCUCCCGUUUCCCUCUGGAGGGCGCCUCGGAUGCAGAUAUCGGAGCGAACGCGCAGCUCUCGUACACACUCAGCCCCAGCGAGCACUUUACCUUGGAUGUUAAAUCUCCUGAUGAGAACAGGAAAUCUUUGUUUCUGGUCCUCUUGAACGCUCUGGACCGGGAGACGGUGCCUGUACACAGAUUGGUGCUAACGGCGACUGACGCGGGCAGACCAUCGCUUACGGGCACGAUGGAGCUGCUGAUCUCGUUGCUGGACGCGAACGACAACGCGCCCCAGUUCAACCAGUCCGCGUAUAAAGUGCAGCUGCCGGAGAACGUUGCAGAGGGCUCGGUGGUGGUGCGUGUGAACGCCACGGAUCCUGACGAGGGUCUAAAUAAGGAAUUUUCAUACAGCAUCGUGAGUGCGGUUCCUGGCGAUAGCAGAGGUUUGUUCAGCAUCGAUCCAAAGACGGGCGAGAUAAAACUGACGAAAUCCCUGGACUAUGAAGACGUUCGUUUACACGAAUUACAAAUCGAAGCGAGAGACAAAGGGACUCCCCCGCUGUCCGGUCACUGCAGCGUGGAGCUGGAGGUGCUGGACGUGAACGACAACGCGCCCGAGGUGUGGGUGACGUCGCUGUCGGUGCCGGUGUCGGAGGACGCGUCGGUGGGGACGGUGGUGGCGCUGCUGAGCGUGUCGGACCGCGACUCGGGGGCGAACGGGCGAGUGCAGUGCUCGGUGUGGCCGUCGUGGCCGUUCGUUCUGGAGUCGAGGUUCCCGGGCUCGUUCUCGCUGGUGCUGCGGGAGGCGCUGGACCGGGAGCGGGUGCGGGAGUACGAGGUGGAGGUGCGUGCGGAGGACGGCGGGAAGCCGCCGCUGCGUGCGAGGCGCGUUGUGCGUGUGCCGGUGUGUGACGUGAACGACAACGCGCCGGCGUUCUCGCAGGCCGUGUACACGGUGCUGGUGCGGGAGAACAACGCGGCGGGCGCGGAGGUGGCGCGGGUGUGGGCGCGGGACCCGGACGAGGCGGAGAACGGUCGCGUGAGGUACUCGCUGUGGGAGGGCGGCGCUGGAGGUGCGUCGGUGGCGGCGGUGGGGUGGCGCCCGGCGUCGAGCUACGUGUCGGUGGAUGGGGAGAGCGGGCGCGUGUGGGCGGUGCAGGCGCUGGACUACGAGGAGCUGCAGGUGCUGCAGUUCGAGGUGCGCGCGGUGGACGCGGGGGAGCCUGCGCUGGUGGGCAACGCGACGGUGCAGCUGUUCGUGGUGGACGAGAACGACAACGCUCCGGUGCUGCUGCCGGCCGCGGGCGGUGCUCCGGGUCUGGAUCCGUUUCUCGGGUCGCCAGUAGAGGAGGUGCCGGGCGCGAACUCGGAGACGCUGUGGGCGUGGGCGGCGUGGGGCGCUGGGGCGGGUCAGGUGGUGGCGAAGAUCCGUGCGGUGGACGCGGACUCGGGCUACAACGCGUGGCUGCGCUACGAGGUGUUGGAGCCGCGGGGGAAGGGCCCGUUCCGCGUGGGUGUGUACAGCGGCGAGGUGAGCACGGCGCGGGCGCUGGAGGAGGCGGACGGCCCGCGUCAGCGGCUGGUGAUCGUGGUGCGGGACCACGGCGAGCCGCCGCGCUCGGCCACGGCCACGCUGAGCGUGUCUCUGGUGGAGGGCGGCGAGAAGGCGCUGUCGGGGUCGUCAUCGUCGCUGCCGGGUGUGCUGUUGCCGUCGGAGGGCGGCGCAGCGGCGGGCAUGGCUUCUGCGUCGACCAACGUGUGGCUGGUGGUGUCCAUCUGCGCGGUGUCGAGCGUGUUCGUGCUGGCGCUGGUGCUGUACGGGGCGUCGCGCUGUGCUCCGCGGGCGGCCGUGCUGUCGGGUCCCGCCGCGGCGACGCUGGUGUGCGCCAGCGAAGUGGGCAGCUGGUCGUACUCGCAGCGCCAGAGCCGGAGCCUGUGCGUGGCGGAUGGGGCGGGCAAGAGCGACCUGAUGGUUUUCAGCCCCAACUUGCCGCCGCCGCCGCCUCCGUCUGUCCCCGCAGCCAAGGACACCUCUCAGGCGGAGCCUUCCUCUCUGCUGGACACGGUUAGUAGUUUUUGGUUUAUCACUCUUCUUCGUCCUCCUCACAUCCCCCAGCGCAGCCGCUGCUGGGACCCGGUUUCAGAUUCCGCGUCCUGA